GUUUACUAUUGCAUGUCUUUUAUAAAAACUAGAACCGCAGCAAAAUUUCUUUCAAUUUAUUGGGUGGAAACCACAUAACUAGAAUAAUUAAAGUUUAAACGAUGAACAGAUAUUUGCUGAUAGCUUUUCAGAUGGUUGUCAAUGUCUGGCAGCUGGACAAUAAUGUUUCAUGUAAUAAAGUACAAACUCGGAAUGAGGAAUACUGCAACAAGGAGUUUUUUAGGCCAACAUGCGGCCCUGGUGAGGUUUUAUUGAUUCAGAAGGCUCAAUACGGCAGAAUGAAUGUGGGUAGGUGUCUGACCGAAACUGAACUGGAUGCCUACGGAUCAAAUAAGAACAAUCCCAAAUUUUUCGGGUGUUACAAAGAUGUUAAAGAGCUCAUGAAUAAGGAAUGUUCAAUGAAAAAUAGUUGUGAUGUGAGAAUUAGCGAAUUAGAAAAUUUAGCUGAAGGUGUUUGUGGCCCUGGACUAAAACUUCAUUUGAACAUCGCAUACUCCUGCUUGAAAAAACAUUGCAUCGGCGAAAUUUUUAAACCACACUGUGAGAGCGGAGAAGUGAUGUUCAUUAGGAAAGCUCAUUACGGACGGAUGAACAUUGGAAGAUGUUUAACGGAGGCUGAGUUGGAAGCUUAUGGAAUAAAAAAUAACCCGAAAUUUUUUGGUUGUUUCAAAGAUGUGAGCUUCCCUCUGGGAGAAAAAUGUAACAUGAAAAGUGGUUGUGACAUAAAAAUAACAGAGUUGGAAAAGAUAGUGGGGGACGUCUGUGGGCCCGGACUGAAGUUGCAUCUGAACGUUACGUAUUCGUGUUUGAAAGUUGUUCAGCUGGACGACGGUUGCGAGAUGUCGGCGACGAACGAGGUGAAGUACGUGGAGGCGUCUGAGAUAUCCAGCAGGAGCAGGUGUGCAUCGGCCGGCAAGUCAUUCAGCAUUGAAGCCCCCAGAGGUCAGAACAUCAAAAUGACUCUCCAGUUGCUCCAUCAACUCGAGAAGAAGAAGCAGGAGGGUGAGGAGGAGGAAGAAGAAGUGAUGUGCGAUAGAGUCCUGGGCACGAUUAAAUACCUCAACAAGGAUUACAUGAACAUUUGUAGCAAUGGAUUUGCUAGGGACAAAGAUUCCCUUGUCAAACAGGAAUUUGUCUCCAGUUCCGAUCUGAUUUACGUCAGCUUGGUCCAUAAGGCCAUCAAAAGCAACAUGCUCCUAAUAAAAGUUGAAGCCGUAGGAUGCAGGGACAUAAUUCAGCCGGAAGACACGUGGAUGCAACGCAGUGGAGAUGAGAUGAUCAUCGGAUGUUUCAUGACCAAACAGAAAUGGUACCUACGCUGCUUGGACCGCGUCUGGUCUGGCGUCAUUGGGAACUGCUCCUCAGAAACGCAACUGCCUGAUGCCGUUUCGUCCGCUAAAGAAUUCAGUGAAGAUUCUGAUAUAGAGUCCCAAAUUCUGAUGAUGGUCUUAAUAAGCGGAGUCGGUGUAGUAUUUUGUUCGUUGAUAAUUUGCAUUGGAGCAGUCUGCAUGAGGAAGUACUCAACCAAGAAGCCACCGACAGCUGCUGGCGUGUACAACAAACAACAACCUACUUACUACCUCAACGACCAGCCACUGAACAACAGCGAAAAUCAGGUUGAAGUUACCACAUCAGCCACAAAUGAAAACCACAACGCAGCUGACGAGAACAAAUAUUUUAUUCUUGAAAAUGAACAAAUAGUGUCAUAAAUUUGCAAUACACAUUGAUUCCACCACAAAUCAAUCAUAAUUCUGAUUACUUAUUUUGUAGCUGGUCCCCGACCUUAUUACAAGCUCUGUUGUGCUAUGCCGCCAAUAAAUGUAACAAUUUUUAUUUAACUGAACUGUUUGUUAUGUGGAUGCAUAUUUUGUGAAACAUUCAAUAAAAUCUUAAAAUUU